AGUAAACUGAUCAGCCAAUAUAUAUUAAACCACCCUCUUUAUUCCAGCCCAUAAUUUAUCUUCCAAUAAUUUAUGUGCUCCACUCGAAAUGCAUUUGCUCUUUUGAGUUAUAAUACUUUUAUUUCAUGUCCUCCAUCGGUUAUAAUACAAAUUAUAUUAAAGCCAACUAGUUGAACAUCUCUCUUGUCUGCUAAAUCUUAUAAUGGCAUGAUGUCUACUUGGCUUGAUCUUUUGUUUGACUAAUUUGCAGGCAGUUGCUUGAUCUGGGCGUCGCGAUUCAGACGACGAAGGGGCGAAGGGGCGAGGGCAAUGAUUUAAUGGUCCUCCUUUCAAAACCGUCAAAGAAUAUUGGUGGUGUGUUUGAGUGGAACUCCGCCAUAAGAGAAUGUGUGAAGCAAAAUCGUUCCCAGAAAGCCCUCCUCCUCUUUCGCCAAAUGAAACAAAAUGGUCUGGAAGCUGACAACUUCACCUUCCCCUUGCUUGCCAAAGCGUCUACCAAUCUGUGCAGCCUCAGAUCCUCCCAAAUCAUUCACUCCAAUGUCCUCAAGUCGCCGUUCCGGUCCGAUCUCUAUGUGCAAACAGCAAUGCUUGACAUGUACGUCAAGUGCCAACAACUCACUGAUGCCUGCCUUCUGUUCGACAGAAUUCCCGUCAGAGACGUGGCUUCCUGGAACGUGAUGGUUCUCGGUUUUGCGCAAUCCGGGUUUCUUGAUAAAGUGUUGGGUUUGUUCCGUGACAUGAGGUUUGACGGAAUUCUGCCGGAUACUGUCACGGUUAUGGGGUUGACUCGAGCAAGUUUGGAUACGAAAAAUUUGGCAUUGGUGAAGUCCGUGCACGCGUUUGGGAUUCGAAUUGGGAUAGAUGGAGAUGUGUCAAUGGCCAACACUUGGAUUUCUGCCUAUGCCAAGUGCGAGGACUUGAGUUCCGCCAUGGCUGUAUUUAAUGGGGUUGAGAUUGGUGUGAGGACUGUUGUGUCUUGGAACUCAUUGAUAGCAGGAUAUGGAAGCUUAGAAAAGCUUGUCAAUGCUCUAAGUUUUUACAAAUGGAUGUUGUGUGAUGGAUAUAGGCCCGAUACAAGCACUAUCGUAAGCCUCCUUUCUUCGUGCAUUCAGCCUGAUAAACUGUUCCAAGGCGCACUCAUUCAUUGUCAUGGAAUUAAACUGGGCUGUGAUUCUGAUAUUUUUGUUGUCAAUGCCCUUAUAUCUAUGUAUUCCAGAUGCGGUGAUAUUUUGUCUUCUCGAUUUUUAUUUGAUGGCAUGACUGAUAGGACUUGUGUUUCAUGGACUGCUAUUAUCAGUGGGUAUGCUGAGAGUAGGGAUUUGGACGAGGCGCUAAGGUUGUUUCAUGCUAUGGAAGUUGCUGGCGUGAAACCUGAUGUGGUUACCGUCCUUUCACUGGUUUCAGGCUGCGGCCUAACAGGAGCACUUGAGCUUGGAAAAUGGAUUCAUCAAUAUGCCUUUUCUAAUGGGUUAAGAGACAAUAUAGUGGUCUGCAAUGCAUUAAUAGACAUGUAUGCAAAAUGUGGAAAUAUUAUUAGUGCUCGAGAGCUCUUCAAUGUCUUGCCAGUGAGAACUGUUGUUUCCUGGACAACAAUGAUCACAGGGUGUGCUUUGAAUGGCGAGUACAAAGAAGCUCUGGACCUUUUCAGUCUGAUGGUGGAGUUUGGAUUGAAACCAAACCACAUGACGUUUCUUGCCAUUCUUCAAGCUUGCACUCAUGCAGGGUUGCUUGAGAAAGGAUUGGAGCUCUUUCACAUGAUGAGAGAAGUUUACAACAUAUAUCCCGGGGUAGACCAUUAUUCCUGUAUCGCUGACCUUCUUGGACGUAAAGGGAGGUUAAAAGAAGCAGUGGAGCUUGUUGAAAGUAUGCCAGUGAAACCAGAUGCUGGCAUAUGGAGUGCAUUGCUUAGUGCUUGCAAGAUUCAUCACAACGUAGAGAUGGGUGAAUACGCUUGUGGUCGUCUAUUUGAGUUGGAGCCCGACCUCAAGGGGGCAGUUCCAUUCGUGGAGAUGGCUAACAUAUAUGCAUCGAAGAGAAGGUGGGAUGAAGUGGCUGCAGUAAGAAGAGCGAUGAAGAUUAACAAAGUGAAAAAAUUUCCGGGACAAAGCCUUGUUCAUGUAAAUGGGAAGCCUCAUGUGUUUACAGUCGAAGAUCGGGGUCAUCUUGACAGCUUACUUUUAUAUGCAACGUUAGAUAGUUUGAGUUUGCAGUCGAAAGAAGAAUACUGGCCAUAUUUGGAGGAUUUUGUGACAUGAUCAAUAUUUGGAUUGGUAAUUUCUUGAAUUAUAAUUGGUUAUGAACUUGUCAUA